GGAGGUUAUUGACGGCUUCGCCAUAGCCAGCUUCAGCACCCUGGAGGCCCUGGAGAAGGAUAUGGCUCUGAAGCCACAUGAGCGGAAGGAGAAAUGGGAUCAACGCCUUGUCAAGAAGCCCCGAGAGUCAGAAAAUUGCCCAUCUGCUGAGCUGAGUGAAAACAGGCAGCCCCUGGAGGUGGGCAGUCCGGGGCAGGAUGCAGAGCCCACUUGUGAUGAAGGGACUAGGAAGGUCCCACUGCAGCCCUCCCAACAGAUGAAGGUCACCAUGGCCAGAGGGGGUGACCGGAACAGUGAUGAUGACAGCGUCCUUGAAGCUUCCAGCUCUCAGCAUAGCAGCUCCCGGGACCAGCUGAGCGAUAGCUCUGCACAGGCGGUUUCCGGGAGAGGCUACUCAUGCGACAGUGAGAGUGGCGUGGAUGACAAGGCAUCUGUGGGCUCUGAGAAGCUCUUUGCCCCGGCACCUGACAAAGGCUCUGGGAGAGGUGAGAAGUCAGAGGCCAAGGCGGGGACAGUGCCCAAGGUGUCAGGCCUGGAGCGCAGUCGUGAGCUCAGCACCGAGUCUUUCCUGCCUGCCACAGCACCUGCGCCCUCAGGACCUCCGCCAGGAGCUCCAGCCAGCCCCCUGGUGAAGAGGGAAGCCCCUAUAGUACCUCACCACCUUCCGCAGCCACAGCUCACCCAGCAGCAUCGCGGCUCACUCCCAACACACGUGCCUCUGUCUUUGGGCGCCUUCGUGGGCCCUGGCUCUGGCCAGGUGGCACCCAACAGCCUGCACCUGCACAGCCUCAGCAGGAGCAGCAGCACCGUCAGCGGCACCCCUCUGGGCCUGACGAAACACGUGACACUGUCGCCGCACGGCCCUGGCCCCCACCUGUCUACCUCACACCUGGCGCUCAGGUCCCAGGCGCAGCACCAGCACCACACCGCGGCAAUGUUCGCUGCUCCCCCAACACUGCCCCCGCCCCCGGCAUUGCCCGCCAGCAGCCUGGUCAUCCCAGGACACCCCGCCGAUGCCAGCCUGUUGAUCUCAUUCAACCAGCCAAUCAUGUAUUGCCAGCCUCAUUCGGGGAUUCUGAUUGAUCACGAACUGCUCAGGCAAGAGCUGAACACGCGGUUUCUGGUGCAGAACGCCGAGCGGCCUGGCGCCUCCCUGGGCCCGGGGGCUCUGCUGCGGGCCGAGUUCCACCAGCACACGCACCAGCACACGCACCAGCACACACACCAGCACACACACCAGCACCAACACACAUUUGCCCCCUUCGCGGGGCUGCCCCCGACGCCGCUCAUGCCGCCCACUGCACCCUCGCCGUUUGACAAAUUCUCACCCAAGCUGGACAGCCCCUACUUCCGACAUUCCAACACUUCAAACUCAAUCGAGAUAACGGGCCGGGCCAGUGCAGUUCACACUUUGCUGCAGAAAGCCCCUGGGGUGUCUGAUCCAUACCGGACAGCAGUCAGGAAACCAGGGAAGUGGUGUGCGGUACACGUGCAGAUCGCCUGGCAGAUCUACCACCAGCAGCAGAAGAUGAAGAUGCAGCUGGACCCCCACAAGCUGGAGGUUGGCACAAAGCUGGACCUGUUUAGCCGGCCCCCCGCCCCAGGCAUGUUCUCUGGGUUCCACUACCCACAGGAUCUGGCCCGGCCCCUCUUCUCCAGCACAGGUGCCACUCAUCCAACCGCCAACCCGUUUGGACCCUCAGCUCAUCAUGGCAGCUUCCUGCCCACUGGUCACCUGACAGACCCCUUCGGCAGAUCCAGCACCUUUGGAGGCUUGGGGAGCCUGAGCAGCCACGCUUUCGGAGGUCUGGGCAGCCAUGCAUUGACACCAGGGAGCAGCAUCUUUGCCCCCAAGGAGGGCACAGCUUUGCUUGGUCUGCCCAGCCCCCAUGACACCUGGAACCGGCUGCACCGGGCACCACCUUCCUUCCCUACUCCGCCCCCAUGGCCCAAGCCAGUGGAUACUGAGCGCUUCUCAGCCCUGACCAACCACGACCGAGAGCCUGACAAGGGCCAGGAAGAACAUGAUCGGGACCUCCUGGAGAAGACUCGCCUGCUGAGCCACGGCUCGCCUGCAGCACCAGUGGGCCACCCCAUCAGCAGCCUCUUGCAGCGGGGCCCAGGUGAGCUGGGUCGCCCUGGGAUCCUCACAGAGCGAGAGGCUGAACCUCGGAUCAAGGAGAGCCACUCACCUGGCAAAGAGGAUGGCGCCAAACUGGCUGUCCGACCUCCAUCGCCCUACUGCAAGGCAGCCCUGGGUGACUGCCUGCGCCUGGCAGGCCUGUUGGGUCGGGAGUCCGGGAAGCAGACACCUGAGAGGCCCCAGGGCGACGUGAAGGUAAAGGAGGAGCGCAGGGAAGAGGAGACACCGGGGGAAAAAUUUAGCUUUGUACCUUUCCCCCCACCCACACAGGUGACAAGCAUUUUUAAUGGUUUUGUAUUUUUCUUAAUUUUGUGCUCUGAAAUUUUAAAGAACAACAAAAAAAAAGAAUUUUUAGUUGGGAUUUACAGUUUCACUUCUCAGAUCCCAUUUGAGCCCCAGAGUUUGUCUUAUUUAUGGAAAGAAACGGUCUUUCUGUCCAGCGCACUGUGAGGCUCCGCACUCAGGCCCGGCUCUGGCCUCCCUUGGUACUUGGAACCGAAGUUACAGAUAUAUAUAUAUAUAUAUUAAAAUAAUAAUUAAUAAUAAUGUACAAAACUUUGAGUUUUCUGCCUUAUUCUAUUAUGCAUAGAUGUAAGAGGAUCUCUUUGGUUUGUUUUUUAGACAAAAAUGUAAAUAUUCUGUUGAUAUAAUUAUAAAACUUAUUAAAUUCUUAACCUGGACAGUCUAUAACAAGUUUCUAGAAACCCCUUUGGUUAUUUGUGUACAUGGCCACAAAAACCCACUCUGUGGCUGUCAGUUGUGAACACACUCAGCAGAGUAACUGCAGCGACUAUCCUUCAACUAUGCAAGCCUAGGAGGCAGGACGGGAUAUUUAGAGGGAGAAGUAUCUGGGCUUCCUAUCAGGAUGGUUGGAUCUCCCAGAGAGCCACACUUCCGGGCAUCUGCUUAGACUCACUGUGGACUUCAGGAUUGACUCUAGUUACAAGGACAAACCUGUGCCCAUGUGCUAAUCUCAGUGCAGUGUUCUCUGGAUCUGUGUAAGCCAGACAGAAUCUUAGAAGUUGGUUCCGAGAAAAAGAUCAGUUUUCUUCCUCCUACACCCACCAUCUGUCUGGGUGUUGCCCUCCCCACCCCCACUCCCAGCACUACCAUGUCCCUUUGCCUUUGGAUCUGCAGUCAUACCCUCUCAAGCUCUUCCCAUGUGUUGUCAGCUUGUCCUUUUUUGUUUCUUGACCACCACUCUUGUGCCGAAUCAACACUCAGCACCCCUGUCUGCUUUGUUCAGGUCCUCUCUCCUAGCCCUGUGUUUCCACUGUGGACUCCGGUUAUUUUCAACAGUCUGUUUUCAUGUCAAUCAACAGUGGUGAUAAAUACAGCCUUGAUUUGGAUGAAA